GGACUGGAACCAGACAUGGUAUACAAACACACCAAGAUUCACCUGGUGCUUUGAGAGUACAGUCAUUGCUUGGAUCCCUUGUGUGUACCUUUGGAUCUGUUUUCCUUUCUACUACUUGUAUCUUCGACACAAAAACAAAGGCUAUAUCAGGAUGUCCUACAUCUUCAAAACCAAAAUGGUCCUUGGAUUCAUCCUGGUAAUACUGUGUUUUUCUAAUGUCUUCUUCGUACUGUGGGAAAUAAACCAAAGAAUCCCACGGGCUCCAGCAUUCUUCAUUAGCCCUGCCGUGGUGGGAAUCACAAUGAUCCUUGCCCUGUUCCUUACCCAGGAGGAAAGAAUGAUGGGCAUCCAGUCUUCAGGCAUCCUGUUGAUUUACUGGCUGCUCUCAUUCAUGGCUGCAGUUGUGAUGUUUAUUUCCAAAGUCCAACGUGCCCUAGAAAGAGGCUUCCUGGAAGACUAUUUCCGCCAUGUUACAACUUACCUUUAUGCUAGCCUGGUACUAGGAGAACUUGUGUUAUUCUGCUUAGUUGAUCACCCUCCUUUCUUCUCUAAAGCCACCAACAAUCCUAAUCAGUGUCCAGAAGCCAGCAGCUCUUUUCUUUCCAAAAUCACAUACUGGUGGUUCUCUGGGCUUGUCUGGAAAGGCUGUCGGCAGUCCUUGGGGAUGGAUGACUUGUGGCCAGUGAGGAAAGAGGACUCCUCUGAAGAACUUGUUGCCUGUGCUCAAAGAGAGUGGAAGAAGUGUCAUAGCAGAACCCAGCAAAAAGUGGAGUCAGCUACAUUUAAAAAGAGUCAGAAGAGUGAAACUGGAAUGGUAGAAGCUGAAGAGACAGAGGUUCUACUGCAAUCAGAGCACAGUCAGAGCGGGCCCUUACUGAAAGUGUUUUGGAGCAUGUUUGGAACCUAUUUCCUUCUCAGCACUGUCUGCUUAGUUAUCUGUGAUGUAUUCUUGUUCUCCAUCCCAAAGUUACUGAGCCUUUUCCUGGAGUUCAUCGAAGAUCAAGAAGCACCUAGCUGGCAUGGUUAUUUCUAUGCCUUUACUAUGUUCCUUUUGGCUUGUGUCCAGACUCUGUUUGAACAACGAUAUAUGUACAUGUGUCUUGUUCUGGGGUUGAGACUGAAAACUGCAGUAACAGGGCUUGUGUACAGGAAGAUCCUAGUUAUGUCAAAUGCAUCAAGGAAAGCAGCAACAGUAGGUGAAAUUGUUAAUCUAGUAUCUGUUGAUGUUCAAAAGCUAAUGGAUCUGAUUAUUUAUUUUAAUGGGACCUGGCUUGCUCCUAUUCGGAUUAUCAUCUGCUUUGUCUUCUUGUGGCAGCUUCUUGGGCCAUCUGCCUUGACUUCGAUUGCUGUAUUCCUUUUUCUUUUGCCUCUGAAUUUCAUCAUCACCAAGAAGAGGAGUCAGUUUCAGGAGACUCAGAUGAAACAUAAAGAUGAGCGGGCCAAACUCACAAAUGCCAUUCUCAGUGACAUUAAAGUGAUCAAACUGUACGGCUGGGAGAAAACCUUCAUGGAUAAAGUGCUUGGUAUCCGGAAGCAAGAACUUCAGGCCCUAAAAAGAUCUCAGAUUCUCUUCUCAGCAUCUCUAGCUUCUUUCCAUUCAUCAACUUUCCUGAUUGCAUUUGUCAUGUUUGCUGUCUACACCCUGGUGAAUAACACACAUGUCCUGGAUGCUCAGAAGGCCUUUGUAUCUUUAACACUGAUCAACAUUCUCAACACUGCGCACUCCUUCCUGCCCUUCUCCAUAAACGCUGUUGUCCAGGCCAAAGUUUCUUUAAACCGCUUAGCGGCUUUUCUGAAUCUGGAAGAACUGAAUCCUGAGAGCUCAAGCAGAAAAACUUCUGACUGUGGUGAGAUUUUUAUCACCAUAAGAAAUGGGACUUUUCGCUGGAGCAAAGAAACUUCUCCUUGUCUUAGAAGAAUAGAUCUUACCGUGCCCCAAGGCUCCUUGCUUGCUGUAGUUGGCCAGGUGGGUGCUGGAAAGUCCUCCUUGCUGUCAGCGUUACUUGGUGAGCUAGAGAAGAUGGAUGGCUGCAUGACCAUGAAGGGCACUGCAGCUUAUGUCCCCCAGCAAGCCUGGAUACAGAAUGCUUCAGUGGAAGAUAAUAUUCUCUUUGGGAAAGAGAUGAACGAAACAUGGUUCAAUAGAGUGAUAGAUGCUUGUGCACUGCAACCUGAUUUGGAGAGCUUCCCUGCAGGGCGGAAGAGUGAAAUAGGAGAGAAGGGAAUAAAUAUAUCUGGAGGGCAGAAGCAAAGAGUGAACCUUGCACGUGCUGUGUAUCAGGUGGCUUCGAUUUACCUUCUAGAUGAUCCCCUCUCAGCUGUUGAUGCCCAUGUUGGACAGCACAUUUUUGAACAUGUUCUUGGACCCAACGGCUUACUGAAGGACAAGACUCGUGUGCUGGUGACUCACACUAUCAACAUUUUGCCUCAAGUGGACAACAUUGUUUUUCUGGUGGAUGGAAUGAUCUCAGAAAUUGGUUCCUACCAAGAACUUCUACAGAGAAAUGGAGCCUUUGCAGAAUUUCUUCAUUCACACAUUACUGCAGAAGAGAAGGCAGGCACUGGUUUUCCAGCUAUUGGAGACACCAAAGGCACCAUCACCUCUAGAAAUGGUCCAUCACAGGAGAAGCUCUUUAGUGACCAUUCAGUUAAAUCUUCUGCUAUGGGAAGGGAGACCAUUCCUUUAAGUCAAGACUGUACCACUGCUGCAGCCACCAAAGGAAGAUUAACCAAGGGAGAGCAAACUCAGCAUGGCAGGGUUAAUACUUUGAUUUAUGCAGACUACCUGAAGGCGACAGGCUUACCACUGUGGGUGUACAUCAUUCUGCUGUUCACGUGUCAGCAAGCUGUGUCAUUUUCUCGUGGUUACUGGCUCAGCAUGUGGACAGAUGACCCUGUCCACAACGGGACACAACAGCACACAGAGCUGAGAGUUGGAGUCUUUGGUGCACUAGGAGUCAUUCAAGCUCUUAGCAGAUUUGCCUCCACAGCAGCAGUCCUUCUAGGUGGCGUGUUAGCAUCGCACAAGCUCUUUCUGCAGUUGCUGAGGAACGUUGUUAGAUCCCCAAUGGUCUUCUUUGAGCAAACACCCAUUGGAAACUUGCUGAACCGCUUCUCCAGAGACAUGGAUGCUAUUGACUCCGUCAUCCCUGACAAGCUGAAGUCCUUGCUGGGAUUCUUGUUCAACUUGCUGGAGAUCUACCUUGUGAUUAUAGUGGCUACACCAAGGGCAGCAAUGGCCAUAGUGCCCUUGACUGUUCUUUAUGCUGCAUUCCAGCACUUCUACGUCAUCACCUCCUGCCAGCUGAGACGCAUAGAGGCUGCCAGGAGGUCACCCAUCUACUCCCACAUUUCAGAAACUUUCCAAGGGAGCAGUGUGAUCCGUGCUUACAAGGACCAGGAGAGGUUUAUUUUGAAGAGCAAUUUUCUAGUGGAUGAGAAUCAAUGCAUAUGCUUCCCUGGAGCAGUUGCUGACAGGUGGCUUGCUACAAACCUGGAGUUUCUAGGCAAUGGCAUUGUGUUGUUCGCAGCACUGUUUGCAACAAUGGGCAGAACACAUCUUAGUCCAGGAGCUGCUGGCUUCUCCAUUUCAUAUGCUCUUCAGAUAACUGGUGUUCUGAACUGGAUGGUGCGGUCCUGGACAGAAAUAGAGAACAACAUUGUUUCUGUGGAGAGAGUGAGGGAAUACUUAAGGACUCCUAAGGAGGCACCCUGGACUCUGGAUGGCAAACUUCACAGUCAGGGCUGGCUCACGGAAGGAAGAAUUGAAUUUAGAAACUAUAGUUUGCGAUACAGGCCAGAUUUGGAGCUAGCACUGAAGAACAUCAAUCUAACCAUCAAUGGGCAAGAGAAGAUUGGCAUAACCGGAAGAACAGGAGCUGGGAAAUCUACUCUUGCUGUGGGCUUGUUGCGAUUAGUGGAAGCUGCGGAAGGAGCGAUCCUAAUUGAUGGAGUAGAUAUUACUCAACUAGGUCUCCAUGACCUUAGAACCAAGAUAACUGUCAUUCCCCAGGAUCCAGUUCUGUUUUCUGGCUCUCUAAGAAUGAAUCUCGACCCAUUAAACCGAUACACUGAUGCAGACAUCUGGACGGCUUUGGAACUGACUCAGCUCAAGAACUUUGUUGCAGAUUUGCCAGAUCAGUUGGAAUAUAAGUGCACUGACCAAGGGGAAAACCUGAGCACUGGUCAGAAACAGCUGGUUUGUCUGGCCAGAGCACUUCUCCAGAAAGCCAAAAUCCUCAUUCUAGAUGAGGCCACAGGAGCAGUAGAUUUAGAAACUGAUCUCCAGAUUCAGUCCACCCUGAAGAUGCAGUUCAAAGACAGCACAGUGUUAACAAUAGCUCACCGGAUAAACACCGUCAUGGACUGCGACAGGAUUUUAGUCUUGGAAAAUGGUCAGAUAGCUGAAUUUGAUACUCUGGAACACUUAAUAGCUCAGAAGGGACUGUUCUACAGACUGAUGGAAGAAUCGGGCCUCGCGUGA